GCAGGCUUCCCGAGGAGGAGGAGGCGGUGGCUGUUGCCUUUCCUCCGCUAUGGAGGAUAGCCUGGCCCGCGCCUUCGGGGGCCUGAGCCUCCGUCAACCCCCCGCGCAAGGAAAGGGCCCCCCUCGCAGGAGGCGCCGCUUCAGCAAAAGCCUCUACUUGCUGCGAGGCCUGCCCGGCUCCGGGAAAAGUACUCUGGCCAGGCAACUGAAACGUGAAUUUCCCAGUGCAGUUGUUCUGAGUACUGAUGACUACUUCUCUGCAGAGGAUGGCACAUAUGUGUUUGACCCUGAUGCUCUAGAAGAUGCACAUAGAUGGAACCAAAAGAGAGCACGUAAAGCCAUGAAGAAUGGGAAAUCCCCAGUUAUUAUUGAUAAUACCAACGUCCGCGCUUGGGAAAUGAAGCCAUAUGUGAUAAUGGCACUUGAACACAGCUAUGAAGUUCUUUUUCGAGAGCCAGAUACACACUGGAAAUUCAAUGUUCGGGAACUAACCAGACGGAAUGGCCAUGGUGUUCCACGAGAGACAAUACAGAGGAUGAAGGAGCAAUAUGAGCAUGAUGUUACCUUUCAUGAUGUGCUUCAUUCAGAAGAACCAGCCAGACAUUUCAGUAGAUCCUAUGGAGUUUAUGAUACUGGUUGCUCCCAUGUGAACUCAACAUUCCCCAACAGAAGAGCUAACAGCAACUCCAGAAAUGAAAGAUCAUUUAGUAGGAGAAAUGAUUUCUACCCGGUAUUUUAGAGUUUUUAAUCAAGUUGUAUAAAAUUUUGUUUUAUACCGUCAGGAAUUCUGUACUUAAAAUAUUUGUAUUUUUCUAUUGGGCUAGAUUUAGUUCUUAAAUCUCCAUAUAUUCUUU